CAAAUCCUCCAGAUUCCUCUCCAGAACUUCGAUAACCUCACGUUGAAUUUCUCGCAAUUAUAAUCGUAAGUAAUUACAACUCAGUAAUUACCCGUAAAUCAUUGAAAAUGCCCUGGAAAUUGCCAACACCGGUUUAUUGGGUGAGUGGAAUAGCGACAUGUGUCGGUGCAGCUUGCAUAAUGAAGGACAUUGCCGGGGGGAAAGAAUACACAGGCCAUGAGGACUUGACGGACAAAGUUGUAAUAGUAACUGGAGCUAACACAGGAAUUGGAAAGGAAGUAACUCGAGGAAUGGCUCAGCGAGGAGCAAAAGUUGUCAUGGCUUGUAGAGAUUUAUUCAAAUGUGAAACGACACGUCAAGAGAUCGUUCUAGAAACUAGAAAUAAAUACGUCUAUUGUAGAUCAUGCGAUCUAUCCGUGCAAAAGAGCAUUCAUGAGUUUGUCAGAAAUUUCAAAAAAGAACAUGGCAGGCUUGACAUCUUGAUAAAUAAUGCUGGAGUUAUGAGAUGCCCGAAGACUUUAACUGCCGAUGGAAUUGAGAUGCAGCUUGGUGUUAAUCACAUUGGGCACUUUCUGCUGACUAAUUUAUUAUUAGAUACGAUCAAGGCGUCUGCUCCUGCGAGAAUAGUCAAUGUCUCUAGUGUAGCUCAUACUAGAGGCAGCAUCAAUACCCAUGAUCUCAACAGCACUAACAGUUAUGAUGCAGGCGAAGCUUAUGCACAGAGUAAAUUAGCAAAUAUUUUAUUCACAAAGGAACUCGCAAAAAAACUAAAAGAUACUGGAGUUACCGUCAAUGCCGUUCAUCCAGGAAUCGUUGACACGGAAUUAAUGAGGCAUAUGUCCUUCAGCAAGAGUGUAUUAGCUAAUUUCUUUAUAAAGCCUCUUUUUUGGGUAUUUCUUAAAACCCCAAAACAAGGAGCACAAACUGUGAUAUUCACAGCGUUGGAUCCGUCAUUAAACGAUGUCACAGGAGCAUAUUUCAGUAAUUUGCAAAGGGCGGAGGAAUCCGAAAAUGCAAAAGACGAGAAGAUGGCAUCGUGGUUGUGGCAGACCAGUGCGAAAUGGACAAAACUCAACUUGAGCUAAAAUGUUGCAGAAUAGGACCGGAAGACGACAUUAUUGAUGGGUUACCUGAGGUACUUCCCGGAUUUUUCACUCAGUGAAUUCGAUACAGCCG